UACCUACUUCAAUUGUGCAGAACUUAUGUGGCCACACAAGUCCAGUAGAGUCUGUAGCUUUUGAUUCAGCAGAGACUUUAGUGGUUGCUGGAUCUUCUUCUGGUGCCAUAAAGCUGUGGGAUUUGGAAGAAACAAAAACUGUUCGCACACUUACUGGGCACAGAUCCUAUUGCACUGCUCUUGAAUUCCAUCCAUUCGGUGAUAUGUUUGCAUCUGGUUCCAUGGACACUAAUUUAAAGAUCUGGGAUAUUAAAAAGAAAGGAUGUAUUCACACAUACAAGGGCCAUACUCGAGGUAUAAGUACCAUAAGGUUCACUCCUGAUGGCCGCUGGGUAGUCUCUGGUGGAUUUGAUAAUGUUGUAAAGGUGUGGGACCUUACAGCUGGAAAGCUUUUGCAUGAUUUCAAAUUCCAUGAAGGACAUAUUCGUUCAAUAGAUUUUCAUCCAACCGAGUUUCUUUUGGCGACGGGUUCGGCAGACAAAACUGUGAAAUUCUGGGAUUUGGAAACAUUUGAGAUGAUUGGAUCUGCUAAGCGUGAGGCGACAGGAGUACGAUCAAUAACUUUCCACCCUGAUGGAAGAAGUAUUUUUUGUGGACUGGAUGACAGUUUAAAGGUUUACUCAUGGGAGCCUGUAAUUUGUCAUGAUUCUGUUGAUUUGGGGUGGUCAAUUCUUGGUGAUCUCUGCAUCCAUGAUGGAAAACUUUUAGGUGGUGCAUAUUAUCAAAAUUCUGUAGCAGUUUGGGUAUCAAAUAUUUCGCUUAUAGAGCCAUAUGGAGCAAGAAUGUCAGAACAGCACAGCCACAUAGAGCAAAAAUGCAACAGUCCAGAAAGUCCUGAUGAGAAAGAAGAAAGCCAUAUAAAAUUCAAGUCCAAUCUGCGCUCUAGAAAGCCAGAUAUUGAACCUAAGGAAAUAAAAAAUAUAUAUGUCGACUGUGUAAAUACUGUCACUUCGAAUAUGGUUGGCUCACUUGAUUCUUCAAAGGUUUUACUCUCAUCCGAUUCCAUGGAAAUCAGUACUGUGGAAAUGAAGAAGCAAGGUUCUGCAGUGAGAUUGCCUGCAAAAGCUAAUGUGACAGCUAAUAAUACAAAUUUUGUUGUGCCUAGCAUCGUACCACGGGAUGAUCCUGAUGGAAAAGAUUUGGUUAGUUCUAGAAAGGAAUUCAGUGUUGCUGCUAAGGGGAAUGAUGAUGUGGCCAAGCCACCUCAUACAAGGAGGCUAUCCAAUGCUCGCUUUGAUAUGGAAAGAAUGUCAGUAUCCCUUGAAUCUGCGGUUUUUGUGAACAGGAGGACUCCUGUAAGAAGUAAGAAGGAGAAGCUUGUGACAGAUGAUAAUUCAAAGGAGUCCUCUAGGGAGGAACAAUCAAAUAUUAAGACUGUGACGGAGAAGUAUGAUAAAACUCCAUCAAUGGAAACACCAUCAAAUGACGAGCACCUGAGUCGUAGCAAAGGAGGAUCGUCAGUUAAAUAUGUCAAUGGAGUGGCAGUUAAGCAUGGAAGGACGCGCAGUCUUGUUGAGAGGUUUGAAAGAAGGGAAAUGUUGAAUAGCGAUGAAAUUCUUACUUCCGAUAGGUCUCAUGUGAGAGCAGCUGAACCUUUACAAACACCUCCCUCGCAGAAUAGGAAUCCACAAAACAUUACAAGGGAGGGGCCAUAUUUGAAUGAUCAGCCACCCGUGGAUGAUAAGCCACCAUUGCCACCUGUGAAUGAUAAGUUACCAGUGGAUGAGAAGCCACCAGUGAAUGAUAAGCCACCUGUGAAUGAUAGGCCACCAGUGAAUGAUAGGCCAUGUGUGAAUGAUAAUAGUGUUAUCGAAAAUCUGAUGCAGAAUCAUGAUGCCCUAUUGAGUACGUAUCGAUCUCGGCUGACAAAGUUACAGGUGGUGCGGCAUUUUUGGGAAAGGAGUGAUGUUAAAGGUGCCAUAAAUGCUGUGAGGAAAUUGCCCGAUCAUUCUGUACAUGCUGAUGUAGUUGGUGUUCUCAUAGAGAGGAUGGAGAUCAUUACGUUGGACCUAUUUUCUUGCUUGCUUCCUGUGCUUUUAGGAUUACUGGAAAGCAAGAUAGAAAGGCAUGCUAUUGUAUCCUUGGAAAUGCUUCUGAAGCUGGUAGCAGUUUUUGGUACGGUAGUGCGAUCAGCUGUUUCCGCACCUCGAGCUGUUGGGGUCGAUCUUCAUGCAGAGGAAAGGCUCAAAUUAUGCAAACAGUGUUUCGUACAUCUCCAGAAUACACAGAAGAUUCUUCCAGAACUUGUAAGGAGGGGGGGAGUGGUAGCAAAAUGUGCACAAGAACUGAAUCUGGUUCUCCAACAAUCAUAACCUGCAUCCCUGUUUGGAAGAGUAGCUUAGCAUAUGCUUAAAAGGGUGAACAGUUUCAUCACAUCAAGAAUGCUUCAAUUUUGCCUUGCUAGUCUACUUUUUGCCACUUCCUUCAAAGUUUCUGGAGGCCUACAUAGAAGAAUUUCGGCGUUAAGGUUUUCUGAUGGCGCAUUAGCUUGGGAUGUGGAUGCCGUUGAAUAUAAUUCAUUUGUAUAGUCUCUCAAGUAUACAUGAGCAUGUAAUCAUCAUGGACAUAAGCAAAAUGUAUACUACUAAUGUUAACUGCAAUUGAAUUAUGGGAUUCAAGGCCCUCUUUCUUAAUUUAUGCCUGAAAUUAUUGCUGAAUGGGGGUUAAAAAUCUCAA